GGGAUGUGAUUAUGUGAAGGAAGCCAGAGCCAAGAUUGAGAGUCAGUCUGUAUCCUGACGGAGCGAAGAUAAGAAGGCUGGGGAGACUGAACCUUCCUGGAAUACAAUCUGCAUUUUGACACUCUCUGUUUAGGCACUGCCCAUCUGUAUGUAUUCAGGCGGAGCCUCUAGGGAAAAGAAGAACCAGUGAGAGAGACAGAGCAAGCAAAAGAAAAUCUCUUUUUGUAUGGGGCUGGAUAAACUGCUUGGAAGUGCCACAUCUGGAAACUGCGAACCGAGAGAAAGUUAAAAUAACUGAGGCAGCACUAAACCAAGGGGGGUGCUGACUGAAGAGGGUAAACAAUCACUAGGAAUCUAGAAGAAACGAUCACCGCUGGAUGUAAGGGAGAGCAAUGGCUUUGAUGUCAAUCUGGUGGCCGGUCAUUCCUUUACUACUUUUAAGAUGCUUCUCCUCCUCGGGCAAGCCUUCAAUGGAGGGUAGCGCUUUUCAUUUUGACGUUGAAGGAAACUCAGUGGCCAGCAAUCAAGAUUCCACUGGAACCAGAGGACAGCAGUCGCCACUAGCUUCGAAAUGUGAAACUGGAUAUUUUUAUUCCGCAUCUGGAGAAUGUUUGCCCUGCAACUGUAACGGGAACUCGGAUGGUUGCCUGGAUGGUUCCGGAAUCUGUGUGGGCUGCCAGAGGAACACCACUGGAGAGCACUGUGAAAAAUGCGUGGAUGGCUUCUUUGGGGAUGUCGUUCGAGGAGCGCCAACCGGGUGCCAACCUUGCCCCUGCCCUCUGCCCUACCUUGCCAAUUUUGCAGACUCCUGCUACAAGAAAAGUGGUGCGGUGCGUUGUGUCUGUAAAGAAGAGUAUGCGGGCCCCAACUGUGAAAGGUGUGCCCCUGGUUACUAUGGAAACCCCUUACUGGUAGGAAGUACCUGCAGAAAAUGCGACUGCAGCGGAAAUUCAGACCCCAACCUGAUCUUCGAGGACUGCGAUGAAGUCACGGGGGAGUGUCGCAGCUGUUUCCGCAACACCACGGGAUUCAAAUGCGAGCGCUGCGCCCCCGGUUAUUAUGGAGAUGCCCGGGUAGCCAAGAACUGUACAGUGUGUGACUGCAGAGGAGGCCCUUGUGACAGUCAAACAGGAGAAUGUCUGGCAGAAAACCUCAAAGAUCCUACGGGCACCGACUGCCCAGCGUUAAACUGCGACAAAUGUAUCUGGGAUCUGACAGACGACCUCCGGUUAGCGGGACUGUCUAUCGAUGACAGCAAAUCGAACGUCUUGACCGUCUCCUCCGGGGUCGCUGCUCACCGGCACGUGAAUGAAAUCAACUCCACUAUUUCCUCCCUCAAAACAAAGCUGUCGGAAAGAGAGAACCGUUACAUCCUAAGAAAGAUACAGGUCGGCAGUGCUGAGAAUACAAUGAAAAUUCUGCUCUCGGAUAUGGAGGAACUUACUGAAAAGGGAAGCCAAGCCUCAACGAAGGGGCAACUGGUCCACAAGGAAACUGUGGUGACCAAAAGCCGGGCGACCCUGCUUGUAGAACGAGCCCGUGACAUGGCCGAUGAAAUCCAAGAGAUCAACGACAAGCUGGCCUAUUACGGAAUCGAGCAGGACCUGAGCUCCGAGGACAUCGCCACGAAGCUGAUGUUGGCCGAAGAGAUGCUGGAAGAGAUCCGCCUGCGCAAACCCUUCCUCUCUCAACGGGAGCUCGUGGACGAGGAGGCUGACGAAUCGCAAGAUUUGUUAGAGCAAGCUGAGAAUUGGAAAGCAUUGUACAAUGACACCAGAUCUCUACUUCCCAUCGUCGUGGAGCAGCUGGAUGACUAUAAUGCCAAGUUGACAGACCUGCAGGAGUCACUGGACCAGGCCCUGGACCACGUCAGAGAUGCGGAGGACGCAAACAGAGCCACCGCUGCCAAGCUACGGGAGAAAGAGAAGCAGCAUGAAAAAGUAUUAGAACAAAUGGAACUUGUCAAUAGCUCUCUGAGAGCAUCCUCCGACUCUCUGGAAAACCCACGUGUGACCAUUUCAGAGCUCGGUGAUGUGAUAAAGAAUGCAUCAGGAAUCUAUGCGGAAAUAGAUGGAGCCAAAGCAGAAUUACAAGAAAAACUGGGCAAUUUAUCUAACCUCAAUGAGGAUUUGGUUCAACGGGCUAUGGAGCAUGCCAAGGACCUUCAAGGUCAUGCUGAUGAACUGAGAAGGAAUUUGCACGGUGCUGAUGCCAGCGGGCUCGUACAGAAGGCACUGGCCGCAUCAAAUGUGUAUGAAAAUAUCGCAAAUUUUGUCGAUGAAGCAAAUGAAACGGCUACCCUGGCACUGAACAUUACGGACCGAGUUAAUGACGCCGUAGUUGGGAUCGACACUCAGAUCAUUUACCACAGAGACGAAAGCGAAAAUCUUCUCAAUCAAGCCAGAGAACUGCAAGAGGCGGCUGAUUCAAGUAAUGACCCGGCGGUAGCCGACACCAGUCGGCGUGUGAGUGGAGCGCUGUCCAGAAAGGAUGCCCUGAAGGACAGGUUAACAGAUGCCAUUAAGAAGCUGCAAGCAACAGAGAGAGGCGAUGCCGAGCAACGCCUGGAACAGUCCAGGCUGAUCACGGAAGAAGCCGAAAAGAGGACCUCGGGAGUUGACCGAGCUACGGAGCCCAUGGCGACGAAUCUCCACACCUGGUCUCAGAGCCUUCGGGACUUCGACUCCUCCGCCUACGACACGGUGGUGGACUCUGCUAGAGAUGCAGUGAAAAACCUGACCGAAGUCGUCCCCCAGCUCCUGGAUCAACUGCGAACAGUAGAGCAGAAGCGACCGGCAAGCAACGUUUCCGCCAGCAUUCAGCGGAUCAGGGAGCUGAUCGCGCAGACCAGGAGCGUUGCCAGCAAGAUUCAGGUCUCCAUGACGUUCGACGGUGAGUCGGCCGUCCAAGUCAAUCCCAAGACGCACGUGGACGACUUGAAGGCCUUCACCUCGAUGAGCCUGUACGCGAAGCCUCCGGCGAAGGGAGCAGAACCGAGCGGACCGUCCGAUCGAUUCAUCCUGUAUCUCGGAAGCCGAAACGGAAAAAGUGACUACAUGGGACUCGCGAUUAAAAAUGACAACCUGGUGUACAUUUACAACCUGGGCCACAAAGAUGUGGAGAUUCCGCUCGACUCCAAACCGUUCAGCUCGUGGCCCGCGUAUUUCAGUAGCAUCAAGAUAGAAAGAGUCGGUAAACACGGAAAGGUAUUUUUAACCGUGCCAAGUCUCAGUAGCACGGCGGAAGAGAAGUUCAUCAAGAAGGGCGAGGUUUCCGGUGACGACUCCCUGCUGGAUCUGAAGCCCGAAGAUACUGUCUUCUACGUUGGGGGAGUGCCUCCGAAUUUUAAGCUCCCUCCCAGCCUGAACCUGCCGGGUUUCGUCGGCUGCCUGGAGUUGGCCGCCCUGAAUGAUGACGUGAUCAGCUUGUACAAUUUCAAGCACAUCUUCAACUUGGAUCCUAUAAAGGCGACACCCUGUGCCAGAGAUAAACUGGCCUUCACGCAAAGUCGGGCUGCAAGUUACUUUUUUGACGGCUCCAGCUACGCGGUGGUGAGGGAUAUCACGAGGAGGGGAAAGUUUGGCCAAGUGACCCGCUUCGACAUAGAAGUCAGAACCCCAACGGACAACGGACUUGUGCUACUGAUGGUCAACGGAACCGCGUUCUUCAGCUUGGAAAUGCGCAACGGAUUUCUGCACGUAUUUUACGACUUCGGAUUCAGCAGCGGCCCGGUACAUCUGGAAGACUCUCUAAAGAAAGCCCCAAUUAACGACGCAAAAUACCAUGAGAUUUCUGUCAUUUACCAUAAUGAUAAAAAGAUGAUCUUAGUGGUGGACAGGCGCCACGUGAAGAGCGUGGAUAACGAAAAGAUGAAAAUCCCUUUCACGGAUAUGUACAUCGGAGGCGCUCCUUCAGACAUUUUGCGAUCCAGAACAUUGCGAGCGCACCUCCCGUUAGAUAUCAACUUCAGAGGGUGCAUGAGGGGUUUCCAGUUUCAGAAGAAAGAUUUCAAUUUGCUGGAGCAGCCUGAGACUCUGGGGAUUGGUUACGGAUGCCCGGAGGAGACCCUCAUGUCCCGCAAAGCGUAUUUCAACGGACAGAGCUUCAUCGCUUCAAGCCUGAAGAUAUCUUUCUUCGAUGGCUUUGAGGGAGGCUUUAAUUUCCGGACCUUACAGCCCAACGGACUGCUGUUCUAUUACGCUUCGGGGUCGGAUGUGUUCUCUCUUUCCCUGGAUAAGGGUUCUGUGGUACUAAGUGUAAAAGGAAUAAAGGUUCAAUCAACAGAUAAACAGUACAAUGACGGUCAGCCCCAUUUCAUCAUUACAUCCGUCUCACCGACGAGAUAUGAACUGAUCGUGGAUAAAGACAAACUUGGAAAAAAGAAUCCAGCCAAAGGAAAAGCAGAGCCGGCUUCGGGGAGCGAAAGCAGGUUUUACUUCGGCGGCUCACCAGUCAGUCCUCAGUUUGCUAAUUUCACUGGAUGUAUAAGCGAUGCCUAUUUUUCCAGGCUGGACAGAGACGUGGAAGUCGAGGAUUUCCAGCGGUAUCCUGAGAAGGUUCACACUUCCCUUUAUGACUGUCCCAUCGAGUCCCCCCCGGUCUCCCUCCUGCACAAAAAGGAGAAAAAUUCCUCCAGACCUAAAUACAAGCAAAACGUAAAGGGAGGAAAGAAUAAGGAAUCCCUUUCCCGCUUUCCAACUGGACCGAAAUCUCUAGAGCAAGACGCUCCGAGGGAGUCUUACUGCCGCCUGUCCAAGAGCCCCCAGGCGAUUGCACACGCUUACCAAUACGGAGGGACAGCCAACAGUCGCCAGGAGUUUGAAUAUUUGAAAGGAGAUUUUGGAAAAAGAUCUCAGUUCUCCCUCCGCCUGAAAACUCGCUCCUCCCAUGGAAUGAUCUUCUACGUCUCCGAUGAAGAGGAGAAUGAUUUCAUGACCCUUUUUGUGGCUCACGGUCGGCUGGUGUUCGUGUUUAACGUCGGCCACCGGAAAGUAAAGCUCAGAUCCCAGGAAAAGUACAAUGACGGGCUGUGGCACGACGUGAUAUUUGUACGGGGAGUGAACAGUGGUCGUCUGACAAUUGAUGGCCUGCGUGUCUUAGAAGAAAGUGUCCCUGUUCCUGCCUCUGCCAUCGACUGGAAAAUCAGGAGUCCUAUUUUCCUGGGGGGCGUGGCUCCUGGAAGAGCAGUGAAGAAUGUCCAGAUAAACUCAGUUUACAGUUUUAGCGGUUGUCUCAGCGAUCUGCAGCUUAACGGGACCUCGGUUACUUCUGCUUCUCAGACGUUCAGCGUGACUCCCUGUUUUGAAGGCCCUAUGGAAACUGGAACUUAUUUUUCAGUAGAAGGGGGUUAUGUGGUUCUAGAUGAAUCAUUCAACAUUGGCUUGACGUUCGAAAUAGCUUUUGAAGUUCGUCCCAGAAGCAAUUCAGGAAUCCUGUUUCAUGGACACAGUGUAAAUGGAGAAUAUCUCAACGUUCACAUAAAACAAGGACAGGUUAUAGUGAAAGUUAACAAUGGCGUCAAAGACUUCUCCACCUCAGUGACCCCAAAACAGAGUCUCUGUGACGGCCGGUGGCAUAGGAUCACAGUUAUUCGACGCUUAAAUGUGGUGCAGUUAGACGUCGACUCUGAAGUUAACCACGUGGUCGGACCAAUAAAUCCCAAACCCACUGACCAGAGAGAGCCUGUGUUUGUUGGAGGUGUUCCGGAAUCCCUACUGACGCCUAGCCUGGCUUCGGGCAAGCCCUUCACCGGUUGCAUCCGCCACUUCGUGAUCGACGAACGGCCGGUGAGCUUCAGUAAGGCGGCCCUGGUCAGCGGUGCGGUGAGCAUCAAUUCUUGUCCGGUAGCUUGACAGCAGUUCAGCGCUCCAGCCGAACUGCAGAGUUCUUUCGCGCACUGAAGAAAAUUAAAUUCGCCUAGCCGGGAGAACCCGCGUCUUCUCCUCUUGCCGGAACCUACCGAGCCACGAAGGCCCGAGCGGAAUCGUUUUUAUUUAGGAAGCCUUCCCCGAGCAUUCGCCGUCGGCUCGCAAAUGUGGAAACGAAAAGAAAUAAAAAGGAGGCUAAAGUAACGUGCAUUGACCGUACGUUUAUACGAUGGAGAGGUCUUGGAUUCCUCUAAUAAAAUCCAAAGUUUGCUUUUAAAUAAACAUUGGCACUUUCGAAGCGUGGAUAGACGAUCUUAAUCGCUGCAGUCCCCUUCCCCUCCUAAGCAUUAUAUGCCCUAAGCUACUUUUGUUUACCUCGAAGAGAUCUGCUAAGCUGCAUUAAAGAAUAAACGUACACGAUAGAUCGUU